AUGGGAAGACUAAUUUUAGAAUAUUUAGAUGGAAAUAGGAUCUAUGUAUGUAAAAAAUGUAGAAUACACUUAACAAAUUAUUAAAAUAGAAUAUCAAAAGUAUAGUUUUAGUUUAAAUUUUCAGAAUUUCAAGGGAGGAACAGGAUAAGCCUAUUUAUUUGACAAAGGGUAAUAUUUUAUAUUAAGUUAGAAUAAAUUACCAUGUAGGAUUACCAGUGGACAAAGACUUGUUGACAGGUAAACACACUGUUCAAGACCUUAUGUGUAAUGGUUGCUGUGAAAUAAUUGGAUGGAAAUAUGUAAUUAAAAGUGUUAUUAAUAUAUAGAUAAAAGCAUUUAGAGAUACUGAGAAAUAUAAAGAAGGAAAAAUAAUUAUAGAAAAAUAUUUUGUCGAAAAAAUUAAAUGGAAAUGA